AUGGGAAGCAUUCAGAUCUUGGUUUUGGAUGCCCCAUUUAUGUGCGUUUGCGAUGCCAUUGGCGAGUGGAAAUUCUGGUGGGGGCGAGUGUUUCCCCUCAGGGCCGUCUUUCUGAGCAGGCUCGGAGCUCAGGCCGGUUCUGUCAUUGGCACUGGGAGCCGUUCAACUGCUCCAUAGCUGAGCGCAGUGAAAGCAAAGGAAGGAGUGUGUGCUGUGCUCUCUGCCUCCCCCUAGAGUGCAGUACCCGGCUCUGUGAGUGAACAACGAUGUACUGCAACUUUUUAAUAUGUGUCUGUGUGUAUGUACAUGUGUGUAUUUGUACAGGUGUCUGUGUAUGUAUGUACAUGUGUCUGUAUGUAUUUUUGUGUAUGUACAUGCAUAUAUGUGUAUGCGUGUCUGUACGUGCCUGUGUGUGUAUACAUGUGUGUGUGUGUGUGUGUGUGUACAUGUGUCUCUGUGCGUGUGUGUGUGUGUACAUGUCUAUGUAUGUGUACAGGUGUCUCUGUUUGUGUGUGUUU